UAAAAGUGAUUCUAACAUUGUUUUCUUUUUUUAGGGGGGGUUGAUCUGAAGAUGGCCUAGCACAGAUCCUUGAUGAUGAGACCGAUCUGAGUGAAGUUACAAGAUGAGUGGAAAGCCUAGACUGAUAGAACUGGACCUGGCUUUCGGAUCAUCAUCAAAGUCUUAUGGUUCAUCCAGGAGUAUUGUCAGAAGAAUUGCCACAAAUCUUCCCUUAGCGCCCUGCCCUCGUGUCCAUUUUCAGCUUCAUCCAUUCACUGCAGGAGCGAGUUUCCUCAACAAUUCAGAUGGGCCUAAUGGACUUGUGGCCACACUCGCUGAUGUGGGCUGGAUGGAAAGUGAAGAGAGCGAUGGUGCUGGCAGAAACAGGUUUGAGAUGGAGUCUGGGUUGUUUUUCCGUAACCAGCAGUGCAGACCCCCGAGACGUCGGCGGUCAUUACCCAGCUUGCACCAGGCUGAACCUGCACCACAGAGUCAGACAAUCAUAAAUGAUGAAGCCAUUCAGAAAAUCAGUGCUCUGGAGACUGAGCUGGCCAAACUCAGAGCGCAAAUCGCACAGAUCGUUCAGGCACAGGAGCACAGCGCUCAAUCCACAGCUCCAGCACCAGGUGGUCCCCCUGUAGCCCAAGCUCCACCAAUGGCUCCAGUUCAACCUCCGCCGCCUCCACCACCACCACCACCUCCUCCUCCUCCAUGUCCCAGCAUGCAGAGAAGCUAUUCCGCCAUUGAUCUCAUCCGAGAGCGGCGUGGGAAAAAGACGGAAGAGAAGACAGUACUGGACUCUGCACCUAAAAAGACAGAGCUUCCCAACAUGCUAGACGUACUGAAAGACUUGGGCAAAGUGAAGCUGCGCGCAGUUAAGAGUCAUCAAGAGGACACAAAAGCAAAACCUGUCGAGCCCACAGAUGCUGCAGCAUUAAUCGCUGAGGCCCUGAAACGCAAGUUCGCUCACCGCUACCGGAGUGACAGUGAAUGUGAUGGCAACUUAAACUUGCUAGCUCCUGAGAAUAAGGGCCAUGUAGAAGCACCGCAGUUUGGACAGCAUAUGCUAAAAUCAACUGGAAGGAAGAAACUGUACUAGGAUGGAGCAACUCAUCUGAACAGGUUAAUGUAGUUAACGUGAUGUUUCGGAAUAGAAAAAAACUGCUAACUUUUCUUUUUAGCCAUCAGAAUGUUGUUAGUAUUAAUUUAGGUAAGCAUGCAAAUGUCAAACACUAUGCAGUCAGUCUGGUUUCCCUAUUGGAUAUGUUUAAUUUUGCACUUUGAAAGGUUCAACUCUAUCACUACAUCUUGUACAACAGCCAGUCCAAUCAUUAAUGCCAGUUACACAAGAAAUGCCUUCUUUUUGUUGGGUUUUAUGUAUGAUUUUAUAUGUGGAUUUUUUUGGAUCUGUUGGAAGGUCAACAGUGCAAGUAUUCGACCUUGUUAGAUUUCUCUCAUUUGAAGGGAUAAUGUUAAAUGAAAACACCAAAGUGUGUGGAUUGUUCUUUAUCAGUAGUUUUAUGUGUAUUUUUAACAACUUUUUGCACCGAAGUUGUCUACUUCAAAGGUACAGUUCAUACUUUGUUUUUUGUAACAGUAACUAUAGCAAUUAUGAACAACACUUUUGUGAUCAUACAUAAGGUUUAUGGUGCUGUCAGUAGUUGAAGAAUUCUUUAAUGAGUUAAUUUAAAAUCCUUUUUAGGUUCUAAUUUAUUAUUUUGGAAUGUUUCCGAGAUAUGGUUUCUGGAUGUAGUAAUUUAACCAUUUAUUCAAAUACUUGAAUAAUGUAGUUUUGUUUGUCUAUGACAUAUCAAACUUGCUAUUUCUAAUCCAGUGCCGUUUAAUUAGACAAAAGUCUAAUCACCAGAAUAGUUUGACAGUGUUUGUACCUUUAAAACAUGUUUUGUUUUAUUUUGUUUUGUUUUUUGCACAAAAAAUGUCUGCUGUGCACCAAAAGUUAUUGCAUUUGAAUAUUACAGUACAGGAUCUCUCAUUUCAAAGAUUUAUACUGGAUUUAAUGGUCAGCACAUAGGAAUAGUACCUCAGAAUUGAAGGCAAUCUCUUAACCAAGACAUAUUUUUGGUUUCAUUAUAGAUUGUGAUAAUUUAUCUAAAUGGGUUGAUUAUAUUUCACCCUACAGAACCAUUUUUAAUGGACAUUAAUUUCUUGAAUAAACCUAAAACUGUCAA